AGAGAUUAAAAAAUGGGAAAUUCCAACAAGAAGAGCCCCACUACAAAACUGACAAAACAGGAUAUCGAGUAUUUGAAAAAACACACUAACUUCCAGGAGGAGGCAAUAAAGGAAUGGUAUUAUGGGUUUAGAAAAGAUUGCCCAAGCGGUCAACUCAACCGUACUAAAUUCAUCUCAAUGUAUUCUCAGGUUUUUCCGUCAGGGAAUGCAGAUGUAUUUAGUCAACAUGUUUUCAG